AUGCCGGAACCUUACGAACUCACCGUCUCCGAGGCCGCCGCGCAGAUACGGCAGGGCACCCUCUCGCCAGUAACACUGUGCCAGUCGUUGCUCGACCGGAUCGACCGUUUCGACGGCGACAUUCACGCUUGGGUUACCAUCGACCGGGAGGAAGUGCUGGAGACGGCCCGCCGCCGGGAGGCCGAGGUGGAACGCGGCGAUCCCCUAGGGCCGCUGCACGGCGUUCCGGUGGGGCUCAAGGAUAUUUUCAACACCGACGGGAUGCUGACCGCUGCCGGUUCCAGGAUCUACUCUGAGUUCGUCCCGGACUAUGAUGCCACGUCGGUGGCCAGGAUACGCCGGGCCGGCGGGAUCAUCCUGGGCAAGGCGGUUACCACCGAGUUUGCCACCUCCGACCCGUCGCCGACCCGCAAUCCGUGGAACGUUGAGCAUACCCCGGGCGGCUCCAGCAGCGGUUUGUCCUCGCAUCCUGGCCGCCGAAUGGUUGCCCGCCGCCACCCUGUCCCAAACCGGCCUCGUCUCCACCCUGCCGCCCCGCCGGUUACAACGGUAUCGUGGGCCUGA